CGAAAGUUGAGAUGGCACUACACGUGCAUGUAUGUGCGUGCAUUCUUGGGUUGCUCAUUCUUCCUGAUGAAACCACGGAGGUGAUCUGUACUCGACAGGAUGCCUGUACGUGUGAAUCUCCCCACGGACUCAUAGACCUCCGUUCUGUUGGUCGGGAUGAUGGAACCGCCCGAUUCUUUAUCAGCAGUUCCGGGAGUGAACGUGGUGAUGACUUGUCUACCAUUGAAGACCAUCAGCCGUUCUAUUACUACAACCCCUGUUACCCCUUUAACGUUGGACCAACAACAUCAUCAGACUCCGGGUGUAAGGACGUAGCUGUGUGCCAGUACAGCUCCAGUGAUCCCCAGUUUGUAGACCUCGGGCACCAACAAGAGGCAGUCUUUGGAUACAGCGCUGAGAGACAAGCCUUGUACAUCAACUACACAACAACAGCUACUAACCUCAGCAGCCGUGUAUAUUUAUACUGUAGGACAGGGACUGAAAACAGCCUGGAUUGGAAUAGUAUGGUAGAUACAACACCAACGUUUAACCUCCAUUCCCACUGUGCCUGUUAUGAUGGGUGUGUCCAGGGUGUCAGUCCCGGCACCAUCAUCUGUGUGGUGUUGGCCUGCCUCAUCGCUACGUAUUUGGUUGUAGGUAUAUUGUACAGAAAAGCUGUCCAUGGGGCCACAGGGUUUCAGCUUCUUCCUAAUUCAAUAUUCUGGAGCUCACUUCCAGGUCUCAUUAAAGAUGGAUACUUAUUUUUCAUUAGUCCUUGUUGGACUUCAGCUGCUCAGGACAGUAGAUAUGAACAGUUAUAGUCAAAGAGAUGUGUAUUAACUCAGGUAAAAUGGAGUGGUGUUCUUAGUAGCUACUACUCAGUACAGUCAAAAUGGAGUGGUGAUCUCAGACUCACUUUAGUCAAACUGAUGUUUAUUAACUCAGGUAAAAUGGAGUGGUGU